UGCUGGUGCCGCCAUUCAUUCUUAAAACAACCAGCGCCCCUCUGUGCACCGCCCAUCGCAAACUCCCAUUCCCUGUUUCAUCAAACCAUCUUUCUCUUAUUCCUAUAACUACACUCUUUCUCAUCAUGUCUCAAAACUACUACUUAUAACCGAAUCUUUAAAAUUAAAACCUAAUCAUAUAUUUCUUUUCGUACGCGCCAAGUUUUAUUUCCAUUACUAUAAAUAACACACGCACUCUUUUAUUUCUUUUCUAAUUCCACUUUUCAACCAAAGAAAAGAAUAUUCACUAUGGAAUUCGCUCAACAACAAGAGCAAUGGGAUCAUGGUGCCAGCAUCGGUGAAGACUCCUCCACCGUUUCCGACUGCGAAAGCGGUGUUUCCGCCACCACCACUGGCGAAGAACAAAGACAACGACGACAAAAUUCUGAUUCGUUUUUAGUUUGGUUAGGAGAAGGUGACUCUGUUUAUGACCUACUAAAGACGAGGUUCCUUCAUGGCUUGGGCGCUCUUUCGAGCAAAGCUGAGAUUCUUGCUAUUCAAAGAAACGCAUGUUCUGACGCCGUUUCACAGGCGCGGCUUCGAUCCUUUCUUGUUUAUGCAGAAGCUGUUUCCAAACUUCGCGGUGGAGAUUCGAAUGUGAAAUAUGCUUGGUAUGGGAGUUCUGGUGAGAAUGACGUUAGAGGCAUUCUAUCAAACGGGUUCAGUCAUGUCCAUGGGAAUAGCAUCUGCCUCUCUCCAGAUGAUUCUCCUCUCCAAAGUGUAAAAAGUUGUGCUGUUGGAAGAGAUGGCGUCAGGCAUUUGAUACUGUGCAGGGUUAUUUUGGGAAGAACUGAGAUUGUGCAAGCUGACACAAAACAAUGUUAUCCAAGUUGUGCGGAUUAUGAUUCUGGGGUUGAUAGUUUUUCAGCUCCAACUAAGUACAUGAUUUGGAGUAGUAGAAUGAAUACUCAUGUUUGGCCUGCAUAUGUUUUAAGCUUCAAGGUUUCUUCUUUGAAAGCGGUUGAGAUUGAAGGAUAUGGGAGACCAACUUCACCUUCGGUGCCUUUUCCGACUUUGAUUUCUAUGCUUUCCAAGGUUUCGCCGCAACUUGAUAUUGCCCUGAUUUGCAAGUUCUAUAAAGCUAGAAAGGAAAAGAAGAUUUCCCGACAUGAAUUGAUAGAAAAAGUGAGACAAAUUGCAGGAGACAAGUUGCUGUUUUCAAUCAUUAAGUAUUAUAGAGCCAAGAAAAAACCUACAAGUUUUCAGCAAGCAAGGUCAAAGAAUGGCAACUAGCAACGCAGAUAGGAUGAGUUCCUUCAUGAGCUUUAUUUUUGACGCACACAAAGCUUUAACUUUGAGGAGCAAUAAGUUUAGAAGAAUUAGCGCAUAGAUAGCAAAGGAAUUUUCUUUAUUUUUCAGUUUUACUAGUUGGAAUGAUGUCCUCAGCAUAUAGAUUUUGUUUUGCCUCUUUUUGACUAAAUAGUUUUCUUCUGUGGUAAAUGCUUCUCAAAAGCAGUAGCUAUAACUAAUGGAAAAUACGAUAAGAGUAGUGAUUAAAA